UGCCUGCUAGCUGUUAUGUGCUGUUAUUGUUGUACAUUAGACAGCAUUACUGUUAAAACGAUACUUCUGUGUAUAGAUGCAAUAUGUCUGCCUUAGUAAGGACCUUUAGAUUUGUAACCUUGUUCAGGAGGACGUUUAGAGGUGGAGCAGCCUGUCCUACACGCAAAUCUGUCCGUGCAGUUUCAUGUUCGGUGACCUGUUUACAGCAGCAGAAGGCGGAGGGAUCCAGCGGGCUCGUGGGCAAAGUGGACCGGUUCGGAGGGGUGACAGUCGACCUGGGUGACAGCAGUGUAGCAGAGGACAUAAGCGAGAAUGCAUUUAGUAGAUUACUCCACGACUCGUUGGUGCAAUGGAGAGCAGAGGAUAAAGUGGCUGUGUGGCUCAGGAUCCCCAUCUCUCUGAGCAGAUGUGCGGCUGCUGCCUCCACACAGGGCUUCACCUUCCAUCACGCCAAAGCCCACCACACCGUCAUGGCCCUGUGGCUCCAGGAGGGCGAGAGCCGAUUGCCCGGGUUCGCCACUCAUCAAGUAGGAGUAGCAGGUGCAGUUGUUGACAAGUCCAAUGGAAAGGUUCUGGUUGUUCAAGACCGAAAUAAGACAAAGAAUGCAUGGAAGUUCCCUGGAGGUCUGUCUGAUCCCGGGGAGAAUAUUGGUGCCACAGCAGUGCGCGAGGUGUUGGAGGAGACGGGAGUGCACUCAGAGUUCAGGUCUCUGCUCAGUAUUCGACAGCAGCACAACCAUCCCGGGGCCUUUGGCAUGUCCGACAUGUACCUGAUCUGCCGCCUCAGCCCCCUGUCCUACCACAUCGACUUCUGCCCUCAGGAGUGUCUGCGUUGUGAGUGGCUCCCCCUGGAGGAGCUAGCCCAGACCACAGACACCACCCCCAUCACCUCCAGAGUGGCCCGUCUGCUGCUGUACGGCUUGAAGCAUGGAUUCAACCACAUCGACCUCACUAUGGAGGAGAUGCCCGCCGUGUACUCGGGCAUGUUCUACCAGCUGUACCACCGGCCGCUACCCAAGAAGAAGGCCUAG